AUGGCGGCGGAGGAUCAGUUGGAGGAUCUGACGUGGCAGGAAUUUACGCGUGGACAUCCGGCAAAGAAUUUACUCGGCGGAGAAAUAAGACCGAAUAAAAAUUGGCUUUGCGAAAAAGGAUCGAAUAAGGGAGCGAUAAUUAUUCAAUUGAAAAAGGCGGCCAUAUUGACUUCAAUACACGUCGGUAACGCUCAUUCUGCAUUCGUUGAAAUUCUUGUCGGAAAAGCUGCUGACGUCACGGAUCAUUAUGAGUCUUUAGUUCCAGUUUCAGUUUUUAUGUCUCCCCUCGAUUCGACAAACGGAAAUAAUAAAAAUCGCACGAGAUUUUUCAAUAAAGAAGAUUUCAAUCCGACGACAGCCGGAAAAUUAUGGGAUCGAAUUAAAAUCGUUUGUUCUCAACCCUUUAACAAACACGUACCGUUUGGUUUGUGUUUCGUCGAAGUGCACGGAGAAAAAGAUGAAACGAAUUCCCCCCGCGUGGAUUUUUUACAAAAACCGUCGGAAAAAUUUUCAACGGAAAAGAAAAAUGAUGAGUGCGACGGCAGCGCCGGAAACGACAAAGACGACGGCACAAACAAGAACAAGGACGACGAGGACGAGAACGAUAUAAAAAUUGGAAGUUUUUUCAAAAGGAAAAAAACAAGAGAGAAAAGCCUGGAAGGAACGAAACCUUCAGGAUCUCCAGACGAAAAAGAAAAAGGCAAAGUGGAAAGUAAAGAAUUAAAAAUGUCGACAUCGAGGGAAUCGGAAAAACUUUCGAGUCGUCGUAGCGACGGAACGAGAGAAAAAAAAUCAAAAGAAAAUGAAAAAAUCGUGUCAGUAGAAAAAAUGAAGGGGGCGGUGGGAAAAAACGCGGGGAAAGAAAGAGAAAAGGGGGGAAAAGACGAAAAGUCGCCGGGAGUCAGUAAAAAAAAAAGAAAAAUGAUGGAAGGCGGUGGUGGCGGUGCCGGCGGCGGGAAGGAGGAAAGAAAUAAGGGAAAAGGUGAAAAAAAAAUUUCGGAGGUAAAAAUAAGGAAACAUGGGAAACCUUUCGAGAAGCUUUUAGACGACGUGGUUUUCGUUAUAAGCGGAUUUCAAAAUCCCUUACGUGGAAACAUACGAAACAUGGCGUUGAAAAUGGGAGCGAGAUAUUCUCCAGACUGGAAAGACGACGAGUGCACUCAUUUAGUGUGCGCUUGCGAAAACACGCCGAAAUUUAAUCAGGUAAAAGGAAAAGGGAAAAUUGUUAGAAAGGAAUGGUUGGAAAAAUGUCACUCGGAUCGGAAAAGAUAUCCGUGGAGGAGAUUUGCUCUGGAUAAAAGAGAAUGUAAAAAACCUGAAAGCGAAGAAGAAAUCGAUGAAGAAAGAGAAGAAGAGGAAGAAGAAGAAGAAGAAGAAGAAGGAAAAGAACCUGGAAAAAAGGAGGAAGAGGAGGUAGAGAAGAAGGAGGAAAAGCGAAAAGAAAAAAUCGAAUUUCGUACGACGACAGCGACGGCAGCAGCAGCAGCAACAGCAACGUCAUCGAAAAAAGAUAAACCAGAUGAUGAAUACGACGUACCGACAGACAAUGAUGAUGACGAGGAUGACGACAACGGAAACGGAAACGACGGAAAGAAGAAAAGAGAAGCAGAAGACACGACCGAUUAUCCUAUGCCAUUCUUACCAGAUUUUCUUUCCGGUAAAAAAUUCUACGUCGAUUCGAAAACGAAAAAUAAAAAAUUUUGCGAAAGAUACAUCGUCGCAUACGACGGAAUUUUAACGGAUUCGUUGAACGAAAACGUGGAUUAUUACGUCACGGAUAGCGUGGGAGGAGGAGAUGGGAGACACCUGGAGAGUAUAAAGGAUAAAAUUCCAAACGUCGUGGCGGUAAAAUCGUCGUGGAUUUUAGAAAUGAAUUCGAAACAGGAAUACACGUCGGUUUCCCCGCAUAUCGUUAAGUAA